AUGACUUGCACUUCCUCUACAAUCGUGUCUGCCUGCGAUGACGACGACAUGCUGCCCGACGACGAUGAAUUCGAGACUGCUCAGGGAAAGAAGAGGCGUAAGACGGACCCACGGUGUCAUGCUUCAUCUCUCAAGGAUGAAGGCAACCUACAAGUUGGAUGCACCGUAUUGUUCAUCCCGACUGAGAACCACAAGAUCGAGUCGCUCAGCAAACUCAAGCUUACAGACUACCUGAACAACGUUGCUCCAGGCAUGGUGAGUGUUGUCCGUAUUAACAAAGCUCGGAACAUUGUCGCAGUUGAUGUGAGGCGACCUCUCUUUAAAGCGGAGCUUCUCAAGCUGUCAAAGCUAUGCACAGUACCAGUCAGCGCCUUUCUGCCGAGAGAUCGCUCAAACUGUUUUGGCAUUCUGCGAGACAUUGACCCUGACUGCACAGAAGACGACAUUAAAACACAUCUGCAGUCCUCCGUUGGCGUGGCAGAGGUGAAGAGACUUGGGAAGACGUCACCCGUAGUGAGAGUCGCCUUCACAGGGUAA